UACGCUAAUAUUUUAAAAAGGGUUGCUAACUUGAAGUAACAAUCCUAGUCAAUUUUAUGCGAAUUUUCAUCUAGUCCAAUUGUUUUAUCAAUGUGUUCUACAAAGCCAUAUUAUAAUGACUCAUCUGUGAAAAUUUUACAAGAAUACAUAAGAAUUGAUACGAGUAAAGAAAAAAAUAUCGAACGCGCUGUAAACUUUUGGAAAAAUCAAGCGGACAGUUUGGGUCUGCCCUUUGCUGUAUAUCGCCCUUCAGGGAAACCGAUCUGUGUCAUCACAUUACGGGGAAGAAAAUCCAAACUACCAAGCAUCAUUCUCAAUUCUCAUAUGGAUGUAGUGCCUGCUGCAGAGCAAAACUGGACAUAUCCUCCAUUUUCGGCACACAUUGAUGAUAGAGGUAAGAUGUUCGGACGCGGCACACAGGAUACUAAAACACUGGGUAUCACUUACUUAGAAGCUGUCAAGACACUUAUGAAAUCUGGUAUCAAAUUGCGACGUACUAUACAUCUACUAUUCAUGCCAGAUGAAGAGUCUGGUGGCCUCAAUGGUAUGAUCCCAUUUAUUGAAACUAAGGCAUUCAAAGAUUUGAAUCCUGGUUUCUUUUUCGACGAAGGUAUGGCGUCUCCAGAUGAUACAGUUUACGUUUUAUAUCAAGAUAAAAGGCAUUGGCAAAUAAAUUUAACAUUAUACGGAGAUGGUGGCCAUGCCUCAACGCUUCCUAAAAGAACAGCUGUGGAAAAGUUACGACGGCUUUUAGACAUCACUUCAGAAUUCCGGGACCAACAGAUACAAAUAAAAUUGUCCAAUGACCCCACAGAUUAUGGAUCUUAUACGUCGAUUAACGUUGAUAUUAUUAGGGGUGGUAUUGUUGCAAAUGUAAUACCAUCUCAAAUAACUGUGGUGAUCGACAUGCGACUUGCGAUAUCAGCUCAAAUAUGUGAGGUUGAAGCAAUGAUACAGAAAUGGAUCUCAGAAGUUGGGAAUGACACUAAUUUAUCGUUUAUAGCAAAGGUCGAUGUCGCUAAGCCAACUCGUUUAGAUGCUACCAAUCCUUAUUGGGUAGCCGUUGAGGACGCAUUAAAGGAUAAAGGUAUAAAAUUUCUCCCAAUCGUGUUCCCGGCUGCAUCAGAUAUGGUGUCUAUCAGAAAUCGGGGAUUCCCCGCUAUUGGAUUAGCAUACUUACCUCGCACAGAACUGUUGUUUCAUGACAGAGAUGAAUACGUACAAGUGAAAACAUUCUUAAAAGGAAUACAAGUGUACACUCAUAUUUUACAAAAAGUUUGCAAUUUACUAUAA